CCAAUACAUAAAUCCUCCAUAUACGAGAAUAAGCUCAAGCCUUGCGGCUCUACUUUCCCCAACAUGUCGUUCGGAGGUCAGGCCCCGACCAUCAUCGUCCUCAAAGAAGGAACCGAUACCUCCCAGGGAAAGCCCCAGAUCGUCUCCAACAUCAACGCAUGCUUGGCGGUGCAGGCGACAAUCAAGUCGACACUCGGUCCCUAUGGCGGCGAUUUGUUGAUGGUAGAUCAGAAUGGGAGGCAGACCAUUACAAACGACGGUGCGACCGUCAUGAAGCUCUUGGAUAUCGUCCACCCUGCAGCCCGUAUCCUGGUCGACAUUGCGAGGUCGCAAGACGCCGAGGUGGGCGACGGCACAACAUCGGUGGUGGUCCUGGCCGGAGAGAUCCUCAAGGAGGUCAAGGAGCAUGUGGAACAGGGCGUCAGCUCGCAGAUCAUCAUCAAGGGCCUGCGAAAAGCCUCCGCCAUGGCCGUCAACAAGAUCAAAGAGAUUGCCGUCGACACGGAAGAGGGUAAUCGGAGGGAGACUCUCAGCAAGCUAGCGGCCACCGCCAUGACCAGCAAGUUGAUCAAGCGGAAUACCGAGUUUUUCACAAAGAUGGUCGUCGACGCCGUGCUAUCCCUCGACCAAGAAGACCUCAACGAAAAACUCAUCGGCGUCAAGAAGAUACCCGGCGGCUCGCUGACCGAGUCGCUCUUCGUCAACGGCGUCGCCUUCAAAAAGACCUUCUCCUACGCCGGCUUCGAGCAGCAGCCCAAGUCGUUCGUCAAGCCCAAGAUCGUGUGCCUCAACGUCGAGCUCGAGCUCAAGGCCGAGAAGGACAACGCCGAGGUGCGCGUCGAGGAGGUGUCUGAGUACCAGGCCAUCGUCGACGCCGAGUGGCAGAUCAUCUACCGGAAACUCGAGGCCCUGCACCAGACCGGCGCCAAGGUCGUGCUCAGCAAGCUGCCCAUCGGCGACCUGGCCACCCAGUACUUCGCCGACCGCGACAUCUUCUGCGCCGGCCGCGUCGCCUCCGAGGACAUGGAGCGCGUCGUGCAGGCCACGGGCGCCGUCGUGCAGUCGACCUGCUCCGACAUGCUGCACGAGCACCUCGGCGUCUGCGGCCGCUUCGAGGAGCGCCAGAUCGGCGGCGAGCGCUUCAACUUCUUCGAGGACUGCCCCGAGGCCAAGACCUGCACCCUCGUGCUGCGCGGCGGCGCCGAGCAGUUCAUCGCCGAGGUCGAGCGCUCGCUCCACGACGCCAUCAUGAUCGUCAAGCGCGCCAUCCGGAACCGCACCAUCGUCGGCGGCGGCGGCGCCACCGAGAUGGAGCUCUCGGCCUACCUGCACCGCUUCGCCGACGACAAGGUCAACCACAAGCAGCAGGCCGUCAUCAAGAGCUUCGCCAAGGCCCUCGAGAUCAUCCCGCGCCAGCUGUGCGACAACGCCGGCUUCGACGCCACCGACAUCCUCAACCGCCUCCGCGUCGAGCACCGCCGCGGCAACACCUGGGCCGGCGUCGACUUUGACAACGAAGGGGUCGCCGACAUGAUGGAGCGCUUCGUCUGGGAGCCCGCCCUCGUCAAGAUUAACGCCCUCCAGGCCGCCACCGAGGCUAGCUGCCUCAUCCUCGGCGUCGACGAGACCAUCCACAACGAGGAGAGCGCCCAGCCCCAGGCCCCCGGGAAGCCUUUGCCUCCUGGUGCCGCUCAGAGGGCUCUCCGCGGUCGGGGACGUGGUAUGCCGAGGCGGUAGGCGAAGUCGGUAGCGUGAGGGGAACGGAGAACGUUAGAGAUGGGACAAAAGACAGAAAGAAAAAAGGAAAUAGGGGCUGGAGUUUCUGUAUGAUACCUUUGCACCAGGGCCCUAAGAUGAGAAGAACAGAAUAACCGGUUGUCCAAGAAAGGGACUUGGACGAACCGAACUUGAUGGCUGUGAUAGACGGCUAGACUAGGCGUACGUACCCUAAUCGCAGAGGAAGAUGUACGGCGAGAUGGACCUUGACAGUCCGAUGACGGGACACCGAUGAGUCGUGAAACAAUCGAUGAAAGGUGGUUAUUGCUGACCUCUACUGUCUAGCUAAGGAUGAGGAAGCAUAGCAAGGGAAAAGUAAAAGUAAGAAUAAAAGUAAAAGUAAAAGUAAAAAUAAAAGCAAAAAUAAAAAUAAAAAUAAAAAUACAAAUAGAAAUAAAAAUAGAAAUAGUUCAUGG